AUGGAGGAAUUUGUUUCAAAUUUUGGAUUCUUUUCCGCAGACUCGAACUCAGGAGAAGCACCUGUGUUAGAGGUUAACUGCAACAAAGACCACGGUGACACUGAAACUACCCAUGUACCUUACUGGAUGAGAGCUUUAACACCUGAUAUGAGUUAUUUAUUGAGUGACAAGAAAGGUUAUUCCCGAACAUCAAUAUUGUCAGAAUAUUCCUUACUGCGAGAGUCCGACUCUUCGUCGGACGAGGAGGAGGACUUAUGGACAGAGAGGUCACCGAUAAUGAAAGAGGGGGGAGGUGACUCCGAGGUCGUGGAAGUUCACAUAGUAAAUGACGAUGAGGAGAUCCACACAGAAACUAUACAGAAAGUGAAAGACGAUAACCUGGUGAACAUCCCACCCGUGUGGAGAUUUAUCCAGGGACUUCUUAUCGUCCUUAUCAUUGGACUAGUCAGCUUUCUACUCAUUCGGUUCGUCAAGCGGCCCUGGGAAAACUCGGCACCAGUCACGCAUCACGACAUCCAUGUCACGUGA